CCACUUGAUCGUCUGAUCAGUGAGAGAUCACAUUCAACGAAGGUUCUAUAGAAGGAAUAAGAGGAGACCUUGGACUUUAUUAAAUUUCCUUUUACUCCUAUCAAUAGAUGUCAAGUCUAGGAAGGAAAGAGCAUGCAAGUAAAGAUUUGUAAAUUAUGCAACAUUUUGUUCAAUCUCUUUGAUUUUAUCCUCAAACCCUUUAUUCAGUAUUAUAAAAUAUUAUUAUUUUAUCUUUUAUUAUUAUUUUCAGUAUAAAAUAUUGUUUAUUUUGCCUAUUUGGUGUAUGGGCUUCUUUUCAAAUUAUUUUUUAUGUAACUGUUUUUCACCAUAAAUUAUAACAAUUAGUAAUAAUUGAAUUGUUUUCUAGAAAUAAAAUAAAAUAAAAUAAUUAUGAUCAAAAUUAAAAUUUACUUUUAUUCAAAUUUUGGUUUCUUCUAUGUAUAGAUGAUAUUAUGAUUCAUUUUUAUUUUAUUUUUCAAAAAAAAUUUGGGUGUCGAAAAAUGGUCAUAAUAAAUAAUAAUUUAAACAUGUUGAAAAUCCUUUCUCUUCAAAAGGGAAGUUUAUUUUAUUUUUUAUUUUUUUAGGUCUAAUCUAAAAAAGAAGAAAUUUUUUUUUUUUGGGCUGUUGUGAAUAAAAUAAUUUAACAAAAAUUAUUUCAUGUAGGGUUAGAUUUUGGUGAAACAAACCAAGAAUGGUAUUGAAUUUUAGAGAAGAGUGGAGGAAGGAAAAUGUAGAAUUUUGAAAACCCAAAACAGGGUAUUAUACAGUGAAGCUUGGUUCUGGGUGUGUGAUUGGAAGUGGAGAAGUAUAGGAAGAAGAAGAGGAGAGGCAAGGAAUUGCCCUUUACUACUCCGGUCUACGAGCUCUUUCAUUUCAUAUUCAGUCUUCGAGUUGAUUGUGAGAUUCACAUGAGUGCCAGCAGGCAGAGGACCCUCAGUGGAGGGGGUCAGAUUGUGUUGGACUAUUUGAAGCGAAUGCAGGCGGAAAAUCCUUCUUUCUAUUAUGCAGUUCAAGGUGAUAAUGAUCAUUCUGCUGGAAAUAUAUUUUGGGCUGAUGCAACUUCCAGGAUGAACUAUAACUAUUUUGGAGAUGCAGUUACCUUUGACACAACAUGCAGAACAAACCGAUACAGGGUACCAUUGACUGCAUUCACAGGGCUGAAUCAUCAUGGCCAGCCAGUUUUGUUUGGCUGUGCAUUACUUUUCAAUGAAUCUGAAUCCUCAUUUGUUUGGUUGUUCCAAUCUUGGCUUAAUGCAAUGUCUGGACGUGCCCCCGUCUCAAUCACCACCGACCCAGACCGGUUCAUACAGGUGGCUGUUUCUCAAGUGCUUCCUGAGACCCGUCAUCGCUUCUCUAAGUGGGGGAUCUUUAGAGAAACACAAGAGAAAUUGGCUCACAUUUAUCAAUCGCAUCCUACAUUUGAACCAGAGUUUCAGAAAUGCAUUAAUGAGACUGAGACAAUCGAUGAGUUUGAGUCAUGUUGGGAAUCGCUCCUGGAAAGAUACUACCUUAUGGAUAAUGAAUGGCUUCAGUCAAUGUACAAUGCUCGCCAGCAGUGGGUACCAGUCUACAUGCGAGAUACCUUUUUUGGGGAGAUGCAUGCAAACAAAGGAAAUGAGGGUAUGAGCUCAUUCUUUGAUGGGUAUGUGAAUGCGGCAACCACCAUUCAGAUGUUGAUCAAACAAUAUGAGAAAGCUGUAGCAAGUUGGCAUGAAAAGGAAUUAAAGGCUGAUUAUGAUACGAGCAACACUACUCCAGUUCUGAAGACACCAUCUCCUAUGGAAAAACAAGCUGCAAACCUUUACACAAGGAAAAUAUUCAUAAAAUUCCAAGCAGAAUUGGUUGAGACCCUUGCUAAUCCUGCAACUAAAAUUGAUGAUUCUGGAACUGUCACCACAUAUCGAGUUUCCAAAUUUGGGGAUGAUCACAAGGCACACUCUGUUAGGUUCAAUGCUUUCGAGAUGAAGGCUAGUUGUAGCUGUCAAAUGUUUGAAUUUUCAGGUAUUAUUUGUAGGCACAUUUUGGCAGUUUUCAGAGCAAAAAAUGUUCUUACGCUUCCUUCUCAAUAUAUUUUGAAACGAUGGACAAGAAAUGCCAAGAGUGGAGCUGUGUUGGAUGAACAAGCUUCUGAAUUGCCAAGCAAUUCUAGGGAGUCUUUAACUGUUCGUUAUAACAGUCUACGUCAGGAAGCAAUCAAAUAUGUAGAAGAAGGGGCAAAAUCCAUACAUGUUUAUAAUGUGGCAAUGGAUGCUUUACAAGAGGCUGUUAGAAAGGUUGCUGCUGCAAAAAAUAAAGGUCCUGGAGCUGCACAAGGUGGCACACUGGCAAAUGGAGGCAAUCAAGAGAUGUGUGCCAGAGAAGAAAAUAGAACAGCGCCGUAUCAAUCUGUGGAUGAGAAGGAAAAGAAAAUUCGUGACUUGGCUUCUGAGUUGGAGAGUACUAAUCAACGAUGUGAAGUAUAUCGAGCUAACCUACUUGCAGUUUUGAAAGAUAUGGAGGACCAGAAGUUAAAGCUCUCAGUAAAAGUUCAGAAUGCAAGGCUUAGUUUGAAGGAGUGAUUGUGAAUUGCUGUAGUAACAUUUUCAUUUUGCAAUCAUGAUAGUAAAAAGUGAGUUUAGAGUGCAGAUUGAACCAUGGCUGUUGCUGGGGCUGUUUUGAUGCUUUUGGUAGGUUUAUGGGGGUGGAUUUGUGAAAAGAAUGUAUGAAAUGUAUGUUUGAUUAUGUAGGUACUAAGAUAUUGACCAAA